AUGGAGACUCUCCCCGUGACUUGGCGAGACAAUCAGAAGGUGUGGAUGACCUCACACAUAUUCAGUGAUUGGCUAGAUCAAGUCAACAGACAGAUGAAGAAAAGAAGGAGGCGUAUCCUCUUGUUCAUUGACAAUGUUCCGUCCCACCCUCAAGACAUAGUGCUCAGCAAUGUUACUGUAAAAUAUAUUCUGACAAACACAACGUCAGUUCUCCAACGUCUUGACCAGGGAAUAAUUCGAGCCUUCAAGCAUCGAUAUAGGAAAUUUCUGAUGAAAUCCCUGAUAUCACGGAUCGACACAUGCAGCAGUGUGACUGAACUUUCGAAGAACAUUAAUGUGUUAGACGCUGUGCACUGGAUCCACAAGUCUUGGCAGGAUACUACAAGUUUGGCAAUCUUGAAGUGUUUAAGUGCAUGCGGGCUUUCAACGUGUGCACUGGAUUCUGUAGAAUCGGACAAUGAAGAAGAUGACAUUCCACUGGUUGUGCUUGUUACAAACAUGACAAGUAGCGCAUGUAAGGUGGAAGAGUUUGUGAAUUGUGACUGUGACAUUCUGACAGAGGACCCAGAAAGUAUCGACUGGGAAGCAGGAAUUUUGAAGAAACUGCAUAGUGGUAACGAGGACAAUGAAGAGUGUGAUGAAGAGUGUGGCAAUGACAAUGAAGAAAGUGAUGAGUGA